AUGUUCACGCCCACUCUCAGGAAGACCUUGGUCUUCCUCGGCCUCGCCGCCUCCUCCACCGCAGCUCUAACAACAACCUCCAACUCAACACACAUCAAAAUCUCAAACAGUCGCUUGUCCAUCGCAGUCUCCCGCUCAAACGGCCAUGUUGUCGACGCAAACCUUGACGGACAAGACCUCCUCGGCCCACUCAGCGGCAACAGCGGACAGGGCCCCUACCUCGACUGCUCCUGCACUCCCGACGGUUUCUGGACACCUGGUGCGGAGCCAACAAUCGUGAACGGCACGGAUUCGACAGGCACACCCUACGUCGGUAUUAUCAUGGACGAUACGUAUGAGUCGACAAAUCAGACCCUCGCGCAGUACCUCUUCCUCCGCGGCGAGGAAACGGGCCUGCAUGCUUUCUCGCGCGUGACGUACUACAAUGAUGCUGUAUAUUUUAAUCGCGGGCUCGGAGAACUCCGGACUAUUUUCAGACCAAACACAAAUCUCUGGACGCACUUCUCUGGCAGCGAGGGCAACUACGGGCCCAUGCCGCUGUCUAGCACGACGAAGCUCACCGUCCAGGAUGCGACAACUUACCUAGGUGAUACACCAGACGACCCCUAUGUGAGCGAGUACUCGGAUUACUUCACAAAGUACACACUGUCUGAAAGUUGGCGGGACCAUGACACCCACGGGCACUUCUCCGACGGCUCGACAAGCGGCGACGGGAAUACCUACGGUGCAUGGCUAGUGCACAACACGCGGGAAACAUACUACGGCGGCCCGAUCCAUGCUGAUCUUGUCGUGGACGGGAUCGUCUACAAUUACAUUGUCUCCGGUCACUUUGGGGCCCCGACGCCAAAUCUCACCCAUGGGUUUGACCGCACGUUCGGGCCGCAGUAUUACCACUUCAACGCCGGGGGCCCGGAGACAACAAUGGCGGAGCUCCGCGCCGACGCAGCGCAGUACGCCGAUCCUGAGUGGAAUGCUGAGUUCUACGAUAGCAUUGCGAAGCAUAUCCCCAAUUACGUGCCGAGCUCGGGACGCACGACGUUUAGGGGCAAGGUAAACCUGCCCAAGGGCGCGAAGAAGCCGAUUAUAGUUCUUUCGGAGAAUGGGCAGGACUUUCAGCUUAAUGUCUUUGAGAAAGACUCGAAGCAGUAUUGGACUGAGGUCGACAAGUCUGGAUCAUUCUCAAUUUCUCGUGUGGUGGAGGGGACAUACCGCGUCACCAUCUACGCGGACGAAAUCUUCGGCUGGUUCAUCAAAGACAAUGUCAAAGUCUCCGGCUCAAGAGCGCAAAGCUUCACAUGGAAAGAAGAAUCCGCCGGCCGCGAACUCUGGCGCAUCGGUGUCCCCGAUAAGUCCGCCGGCGAGUACCUGCACGGCUACGCCCCGGAUACCUCGAAGCCCCUGCAGCCCGAACAGUACCGCAUUUACUGGGGCAAAUACGACUACGAAGCCGACUUCCCAGAAGGCAUAACCUACCACGUUGGAAAAAGCGAUCCCGCAAAAGACCUGAACUACAUCCACUGGUCCUUCUUCCCGAGCCAGGGCAACCACCUCCGCAACGAGUCUUACUACGACAACGUAAACAACUGGACAAUCACAUUUGACUUAUCCGCAAGCCAGCUCCGAAACACAAAGACUGCGACAUUCACCGUGCAACUCGCCGGAACGAGGAACGCAAACGGGAACUCGAAGUGGAAUCCCGACCCCGCGGAAUACAAUAAUCUGCCCUGGACCGUGAAUGUUAAUGGUCUCUACGAGGAUACAUGGGAGAUCCCGUACUGGCGGAGCGGAUCGUGUGGGGUGCGCAGUGCGGUGCAGUGCCAGAAUACCGAGCAUAAGUUUGUUUUUGGGGCCAACAAGUUGAAGAAGGGGAAGAAUGAGUUUGUGCUUUCUCUGCCAUUUAAUGCGACGAGUGUGGAGACGGCUCUCUUGCCGGAUUCGUUGUAUGUCCAGUAUGAUGCGUUGCGGUUGGAGGUUAAGUGA